CGGCUACUUAAAAUGGAACAAACACAUACAAGGAGAACAGCUACACAAGAGCUGGGACACGAACAUCCCCUACUAAAGGCUGAAAUAGAACAAACAUCAAAACUGUGGUCAGAGAUAACGAAAAACAACAUCUCACCAUGGCCUGAAGAUGGCACUUUUGACACAGUUCAAUGUGAAGAAACGCAGAUUAUUCUAAAAAAUACACCCAUUAAAGGAAUUACUGAAAAGAAAAAGACAGAGAAUAAAAACAAACUGGAUAGACAAAUGCUAAUUUUAGAUUUGUUUCUACAAAGAGGCAAACUUCUGCGGAAGCAACAUAAACUGAUGGUCAAACAGGUAAGAGUGGCUGAGGGGAAAAGCCAAAACACAAUAACAAUGGCAGACACACAAAACCCACCCCCAUAUGUCUGCAAUAAUAUUAUGAAACAAAUGCCAGCAAAAGAAAUCGAACUAGAGGGAAGAUACACUCUGUCUAAAACGCCAGAAAAAGGACAAAAAAUAUUAUAUCCUUCCCUAACAAGAGAAGAAGAAGACAGCGAAUACGACAAUGAAACGGAAGAAAAAGAGGAACAAACAGGGUACCACCGUGCUGUGGCAAAGAAAAUCAGAGAUAUGGAAAAGAAAGGAGCUGAAUUGAUUAUCGGACCAGAGACGACCAGAACACUGAGGUCGGCCAAAGCAAAAGACAAGACCGACGGAGAACCCAAAUGGGUGGAGACACCAGGAGCACAAAAGGUCAAGUUUAUGAAAACUGAUAAGUCAAAUACACACGCUAAAGCUACAAAGACUACAGGAGUCAACGUGAACCGAGUACAGGAAAAAGGACACCUGAGAGGAAGACUGACACUUCAGACCGACAUGAACAAAGAUUUAGAAGAAACAAUGGAAGAACCAGAAAAAAUGGAGGACACAGAGGAGGAGGAAAGAGAAGACGAGGAACCACAAACCAGUCAGAUGCAACCCCUUAUAGCGAAAGGAAGACAAAUAUAUUAUCAACCCUUCCCUAACGUCGAUAUCGAUAUUCUCAUAUCCAAGCUCCCCAGACUGGAAGCAGGAGCAAAUAAAUGGAUCCUAAUCCUGGCAAACCUAUGCGAAGGAAAAAUUCUGUCCUUGGGAGACAUUAAGGCGAUCUUAGCCCGAACGGUAGGAGUCCUGGAAAUGUAUAACAUCUUUGAGUCAGCAGAACUGGCCAACGUGGCAAGAACCCAAACACAUGAUGCAGAUUUUUUUAACAACUACAAAGAAGACAUCUGGCAAGAACUACGGAGAAGAUAUCCCCUGAGAAUCUCAAUUGAUUCAAUAUCAUUAGGAACACUUAAUGAUACGGAUGACCCCAUGGCCUUUAUUCACCAAGCCAGACGUGAAUGGAUAACAGAAACGGGAAAUAUGCCAGAAGUUGACAACGUCCACUCCUCCAUGUUCCGUAGAAAAAUCAUCCAGGCCCUCCCUGGCCCAAUACAAGACAAACUACUGGAUACAGUUGGAAUCUUCAAUAUGACAUUCGAAAUGUUUACAGAUAACGUCACACAUGUAAUCCAAAGAUACAGGGAACAGAAACAGAAGUUGGCAAAACAAGAUGGAGAGGCCAUCAGAAAACUAACACAAUUACAGAUCCAAGACAAACAGGAUGAGAAAAAACGGAUCCAAGCAGUGAUGACGAUGCAACCACAACAACAGACCGUAACAAACAACCCAAAUAAUGAAGGAAGGAGAUUCCAAGGACCAGCACCAUACAGACCAGGGGGACAAUUCAGACCAGAAGGAUCACAGCCAAGGAGAAGAAACGACAUAAGAUGCAUAAACUGCGAAAAAAAGGGGCCACUAUGCUAGAGACUGUCGUUCACAGACAGUCUGCAGAAGAUGCAAGAGACAAGGCCACAUGGCAAGAGACUGCCGAGCGCAGAUGACCCAGGGUCCAGUGAACCCAUACAGAGGACCACCACGGGACUUCUGACUAACUAAAGAUGACAAAAGCUACAUCCAAGCCCUGAUAACGAACCCAAUGGAACAAGAUCCAAUCAUCCAAGUAACCAUUAACGGAAAAAACCUACCAUUCCUGGCAGACUCAGGAGCAACAUUCUCAUCAAUAAAAAAUGAACUGGCAGGAGAACUACAGAGAUCCAACAAAUUCAUUUUUGCAGUGGGCUUACUUGGCGAAGCAACAAAAAUGCAAUUUUCCACACCAGUUGACAUAACGGUCCAGAACAAAACAAUAAAAAUUCCCCUUCUCAUUUCAGAAAACACACCUGUUAAUCUACUAGGAAGAAAUGCCCUGUGCAGGCUACAGGUGGCCAUCAUCUGCACACCCAAAGGAGUGAAGUUGGAACCAAUCCAAGAAAUGCAGGUCCAAGAAACCGAAAUGGACCAAACCCCAACAGUUUACUGGCUGGGGGACAUCAGUGAUGAACUUUUGAGGCCAAUAGAGAUGUGGAAACAAUACAUGAUGAAAAUCAUCCCAAAAGCCAGACCACCCACCUGCCCAACCCACUGCACACUUAAAUACCUUCAACAAGAUCCUCCCACAGCGGAUGACUGGACCAAAGAACAACCAGACAGGGUUAACCUAACAUCAACAGCCAUCAUCAUCGGACCACAAGGAGCAGCAAUGAGUAUCGAACCCAACGCCUACCUAACAAAAGAAUUUGAGGUUCCAGACAGCGUCCCCCACAUCACAAUACUCAUAAAUGAAGGGUACACUUCUAAAGAGUUGGGGCCAAUGAUGAAAGAAGCCGGAAAACUACGGAUAUGGGCACACAAGGAAAACCAUAUCAUGGAGAGCCAAGAUGGAAGGUUCCUGAAAAUAAUGACGGACGCUCAAGGAGAUGCAAGACCAGAAGUAAUUCUGCUACCAUGCGAUGAACCUACAAGGGACCCAAAACGACUGAUGAAGGAAGAAAUGCUGUCAAUCGUUCCAUCCGAACUGUGGGCGAAAAGUGACACAGAUGUCGGACUGAUGAAAAAUGCACAACCAGUCUCAAUCAAGCUGAAAGAAAACACAACCCUCCCUUUUGUGCCACAGUACCCGCUGUCAGAUCAUGUGCUAGAGGGAACCAGCAGAACUCUACAGAAACUGGAGGAACUAGGAGUGGUGGCAGAAGAGAUGUAUCCAGUAACGAACACCCCAAUCUGGCCGAUUGAGAAACCAGGAAGGAAGGAAGUCAGACUGACAAACGACCUGAGGAGACUGAACGAAAUUGUUGAAGAUAUAGACACAGACAUUCCAAACCCCUACAUCCUGUUAUGUAACUUGACACCAAAUCACAAGAUCUUCACGGUAAUUGACUUAUGCUCGGCAUUUCACAGUGUAAGGCUUCACCCCGACAGCCAACACCUGUUCGGAUUUAAAUACGGGCACAAACACUUCAAAUAUCUCAGGCUGCCUCAGGGUCUUAAAAUAUCACCAGCCAUUUUUAACGACCUUUUGAGAAAAGACCUGGAACAGAUCAAAGAAAAGAUCAACAGCACAAUUUUAAUCUACUGUGAUGACAUUUUGAUUGCUGCACAGGACAGAGAAACAUGUCACAAGGACUCAAUCACACUUUUGACCCACCUAGCCGAAGGGGGACACAGAGCAUCACUGCGCAAUACUGCCAAGAAAAGAUUGAAUACCUAGGCAGGUUGAUUUCACAGGGAGAAAAAGCCACACUCCCUUCACAGAUCGCAGCAAUUACAAAAAUGCCAAAGCCGAGAACAGUUAAAGAAAUGAUGACGUUUCUAGGAAUGGCAGCAUACAAUUUAGACUGGAUCGAUAAGUGCACAGUCAUUAUUAAACCAUUGAGAGACCUCAUAAAAGAAGAAGAUGUUCGUAAUCCAAAACAUCCUUGUGUGUCACUGGGUAUUUUAGACGUUGAGUUCUAUGGGAUUAAGUUAAGUCGGAGUGUUUGUGUUAGAGCUGGGCUAGGUUAACGUUUUAUGUUGUGACAACAGUCACUUUGGUUAUGGAUCUGCUACUUUUAUUUGGUUUUUAGCUCACCACCAAGUGGCAAUUGUGCUUCAUUACACUCGGUGUGUGUUGGUAUAGGGUUUGUUUGUUCUUUUUGCAGGUCCGCUAACCCCAGCUCAUCAUAUAUUUUAAAGGUGGUCAUUCAGUAUCAGGGGAAAUGUAAAUGAGAAGGGCUUUUAUUUUAACUUACCACCUGUCUAUACCCCUGAGCCGGGUCGUACAGCCAUGCAGACAACAUCAACACUAGCAACAGCAGAUUAUAAGAUGCCAUUUCUGUUAUAUGUCUCAUGUUGGAACAAUCGUGCAAGCAGAGUCCUAGUACAAAAUAGGAUAGGCAGGAGUACACAAUACAUAACCUAUUACACAGUAGCUCUGUCACCAGUAGAAAUCGGACUCCCAAUAGGUUGUAUACAACUGGCAGCAGUACAUCUGAUCUAUGGGAAAAAGCCUCGGUUAUUACCAGGGGGUACAGGGUAGAUAAACUAAGAUCCGAUUUGGAAGCUAAACAGUUAUACUGGGCACAUGAGAAAUUUUUCAUGGAUGGCUCAUGCUACAGAACAUUAAAAGGUUGGCAUCGGGAUAUGCUGUGGUCCGACACGACCCUCAAACAAACAGAUUCGAAGUGCUGGAAGCGCAAAAAGCUCAACAACCGUGCUCCGCGCAAAAAGCCGAACUUAAAGCGUUAAUCCGAGCACGCGAACUAGCCGAGGGGAAACACGUAACGACGUACACGGACUCCGCGAAUUGCCACUCCUUUGUACAUUUGUUCACAAGAAUGUGGAAGAACCGCAGCUUCCAAAGACCCGACGGAACACCUGUACAAGCACGCGGAAGAAAUCAAACAACUACCGGUAGCACGGAUGAAACCAAAAACUAUUGCAAUAGUGAAAUGCGAAGCGCACGUAAAAAGUUAUCGGCGAACAAGCAGCUGCCGCGAGCCUGCAGGCCGUGACUGAGACAGCGACUUUCUGACCUGGAAGACAAAACGACCAUAAUAGACGUUGUACUGACGCAACAAAAUGCACCUGAGACACAAAAAGAUGGUGGAGACAGAGGGGGGCACAGAUGGACAAUGAACAGGUAUGGCGGACUUAUGACGGACUUACCGUGCUCCCAGACGACCUUAAGACUUGGUUGAUAAGGGAAGGUCAUCCAGUGAGUCAUGACUCCAAAUCUCAGGUAAGAGCAAGGAUCCACAACUAGGGUUUUUGGGGGUACAACCUGCAUGCCCAUGUAGAGAACUACAUCGCACGGUGUGAGGUUUGUAUAAAGAAUAAUGUCCGAAAGUCCCUGAAACCAACCCCAGGAACUUUCCCUUUGAGAGGCCCCUUUUCAGAACUGGUGAUCGAUUUCAUCGACCUGAUACAAAGAGUCCAAGGAAAAAGGUAUGUUUUGGUGGCCGUGUGCAGAUUUACGAAGUGGGUUGAGGCAACUCCGACCCGCCGUAAAUCUGCCGAAGAGGUCGCAAAAUUUCUGAUCAGAGAAGUCAUCCCCCGUUUUGGAAUUCCAGAUCGGAUUUCAUCCGAUAACGGAAGGGAGUUUGUUGAAAAAGUCCUAAGCCUUGUUUUGCAGGGUUUACAAAUUUCACAACGACUGGGCAGCAUCUACCACCCCCAGUCGCAAGGACAGGUCGAAAGGAUCAACGGAGUGUUGAAAAACAAACUCCGAAAAAUAUGUGAGAGCACGGGGUUGACAUGGCUCGACGCUUUGCCAAUAGCUUUGAUGCAUAUCAGAGGUACGCAUAAUCGCGAGCUGAGAUUAACCCCACAUGAGCUACUAACUGGACGAGCGAUGCCAACCCCGCUGUUUCGAACGUAUAAAGGAGCCUCUCUGGACACACUGAACAAUGAACUAAGAGAGUAUGUGAAACAAUUGAUUAAAGUGCAGGAUAGUUUGGUGUCACAUGUCCUCUCUGUGCAGGAAACCGAUUCCAGAAGGGAGUUGGAGGAGGAGCCAAAGAUCAAACCAGGAGAUCUCGUGUACGUGAAGGUGUUCCGCAGACAGUGGAACAGCCCGAGGCGAGAGGGGCCGUACGAAGUCACACGAGCCACCAGAACCGCAGUUCAGGUCAAAGGGAAACCGACCUGGUUUCACCUAUCCCACUGCACGCCAGCAUCCGCGACACGAGCAGAUGAUGACAGCCAAAAGGGCUCUCCCGAGUCUCUGGCUCCUGGUCAUGGGUCUCAUGAUGUAUCAGGGGGGCCGGGCACAGCAGCCUCAGCUCGGAGGAUGAUGAGGGGGAGGUCUCAGCAGACUUCAAGGGGGUCUGCUGAACAACCAGAACGAGGAGAGGAGGAGCUGCCUCGCUUGCCUUGCUUUUGCAGCCUGCUACAGCUGUGUUGAUCAAAAUACCCCUGAAGGGGUACAUGCCCAUUGAAAGCAGAGUUUUCCCUUGCCCCACCUUCAGCUCCAUGCAUGGCAGGCCAGUGUGGAGACUCCAUGACACACGAGGUGUCAGAGGGUGGAGAGUUAUAGACUGGAAACCGGUUGGAGAAAAAAGAAAGAAGGGACUGAAAUGAUUAAGUACAGUCAUGAAGUGAUGAACAAAUGAAUAAUGUCAUGUAUAACAUCUGUUUGAUUAACAGGCGGGGACCGUAGGAUGUCGAUGGAUUCAAUUCUCUACACGCUUAUUUUGAUUAAUGAAAACACAAUUUUAAAGGUCAAGAUACUUCACAUAAUACAUAUAGGAGAUGCGUCGUUAACUAAGGGAGGAGCAGACGGUUAAACAGCGCGAGAGGGUGGAAGUAAAAGACCGGGGUGGAAGAAUCGGGGAAGGUAGUUCUGGAUACGGAGUAAACUGCUUAGGAGGAUGACCCCAGACCCCGGGUCAUCGAGUAGAUGGCUCUGUGAGGGUGCAAGUCCAAUGUGUACCCAAGCAGAGGGUCAUAUGUCGUUUUUCCUUAAA